CGAUGCUUCUCCGUGCUGUUUUGUGACUGUUAAAGCAAGCCGAGAUGAAGACUGGUGUUUUCUUCGCGACUUUGUGGCUUUUCUGGCUACAUUUGGCCUGGGGAACCAAAUACGAGCCUAACUGGAAGAGUCUGGACAAACGGCCGCUUCCCGACUGGUUCGACAAGGCGAAAAUCGGCAUUUUUUUGCACUGGGGCGUAUUUUCCGUCCCCAGCUUCGGCAGUGAAUGGUUCUGGUCCGAGUGGCAAUCAAACUCUUCAGCUAGGAUCAACAGCUACAUGAAAGCCAACUACCCGCCCAACUUCACCUAUCAAGACUUCGCCAAAGACUUCAGUGCGGAGUUCUUCAACUCCAGCCAGUGGGCCGACUUGUUCAAACGAGCCGGAGCAAACUACGUGGUGUUGACUAGCAAACAUCACGAGGGCUUCACUUUGUGGCCCUCCGAGUACUCCUUCAGCUGGAACGCCAAAGACAUUGGGCCUCAUCGAGACCUUCUAGGGGACCUGGGCAAUGCUGUAAAAAGGGCCGGCUUGAAGUUUGGAGUCUACCACUCUCUGUUCGAAUGGUUCAACCCGAUCUACUUGGCGGAUAAAAGGAGGAACUUUACCACUCAGAAGUUUGUAGACAACAAAGUGCUGCUCGAGAUGAAAGAGUUAGUGAGCAAUUACAAGCCCUGGGUGAUUUGGUCGGAUGGCGACUGGGAGGCCGACGACACCUAUUGGAGGUCUACAGACUUUCUGGCCUGGCUCUACAACGAAAGCCCUGUGAAGGACCAGGUGGUGGUCAAUGACCGAUGGGGACGCGGAACCACUUGCAUCCAUGGGGACUUUAUCAACUGCCAUGACCGCUACAAUCCAGGCAAACUGCAGCGGAAGAAGUGGGAAAACGCCAUGACCCUGGACAGGGAGUCGUGGGGAUUCAGGCGCAACGCCGACCUUUCGGACUACCUUACUCCCCAUCAGCUGCUUAGUGUUCUUGCGCAGACUAUUAGCUGUGGAGGUAAUCUGCUGAUCAACCUUGGCCCCACCAAAGAGGGCACCAUCGCCCCAAUAUUCCAGGAUCGCCUCACCCAACUGGGGGCCUGGUUGCGCAUUAAUGGAGAAGCCAUCUACAACAGUCGCCCUUGGAUUGUGCAAAACGACACCGUCAACCCUCAAGUUUGGUACACGUCUGGGAACAAUGCAGUUUACGCGAUCGACCUGGAAUGGCCGCUGGACAAUAAGGUUAUUUUAGGCGGUGCAGUCAGCUUGUUUAAAAGCCCGGACACAGCGGUUAGCUUACUUGGGAACCUUGGCAAGUUGAAGUGGGUCAUGAACUCGCGACGAGUUGAGGUGCAUUUGCCAGACAAAGCGACAGCGAAGAGCGAAGGUGCGUGGGUUUUGAAAAUUGCCACCUCCAACUAGACCAAUCUACGCAAAAGUACUUUUUGA